CAACAACAUGAUUGUUCCCGUCUUCUUCUGCUUCUCCUUCGAGCGUGGAGUGGAGCCGAGAACCAGGGCAGUGCACACAUUUCGCAGGUGUCUUUCUCUUGAUCAAUCUCCCCAUACUGGUGAAGACAGAAGCAAAAGUUUGGAUGCAGGUUGUAUGUUGGCUACUGUGCCUUGGCCUGGCAGGGACACUUGCUGUUCUGAAGAAGGACCAGGUGGCCCAGCAUGUCAUCACGCUUUAUCAGAGCAAGGGGACCAUACAUGGCCGCAGCUGGGUGGCCCGUAACUGUAAGCAACUGGUGGGUCUCCUGCAUCAGAAGAAUGCGGUUAUCAAAAAGCUGGCAGCUGCUGCAGAUGCUGUUAGAAGAGCGCAGACCCUUUCGGAACCUGAGAAGCACUUCCAGGUUCACACUCUGGAGGUUUUCCAGAAGGAGCUGAAUGAGAGCGAGCACCUGGUGUUCCAGGCAGUGCACAGCCUGCAGAGGGCACUGCAGGGAGACUACAGGGACGUGGUGAACAUAAAGGAGACCAGCAGACAGAGGCUGGAGGCCCUGAGGGAGGCAGCCAUAAAGGAAGAACAGGAGUAUGUGGAGCUGGUGGCUGCUGAGAAGCACCAGCAGGAAGCUCUUAAGAGUGCUUUAGCCCAGAACAAGACUCUGUCCAUACUAGAUGAAAUACUGGAGGAUGUCAGGAAGGCAGCAGACCGGCUGGAAGAGGAGAUCGAGGAGCAUGUCUUUGACAACAACAAACAGAUGAAAGGAGUAAAUGUAGAGGCAGUGUUGAGAGUGGAGGAAGAUGAGGAGAAUGGAGGGAAGAGGAAGAACAAGUCCAAGCAGAAAGAAGUGGAGGAUGACCUGGGGCUGAGCAUGCUAAUUGACUCGCAGAACAACCAGUAUGUUCUGACUAAACCACGAGACUCAACAAUACCAAGAGCAGAUCAUCACUUCAUUAAGGACUUGGUGUCACUUGUGAUGUUGUCCCUACCUUGCGGGUGGAUGUGUACUCUGGUCAGUCUUCCUCCAAUGUUUGGAUAUAUCAUCUGUGGGGUGCUGCUUGGUCCUUCUGGCCUCAACAGCAUCAAGUCUAUGGUCCAGGUGGAGACUCUGGGGGAGUUCGGUGUAUUCUUCACUCUCUUUGUAGUGGGAUUAGAGUUCUCUCCUGAACGCCUUCAAAAGGUAUGGAAGACAUCAGUUCAGGGGUCGUGCUACCUGAGUCUACUGAUGGUGGGGGCCGGUUUGUUGUGGGGACACAUCCUGCAUAUUCGGCCCACGCAGACUGUCUUCAUUUCCACUUGUCUCUCCCUUUCCAGCACUCCUCUAGUGUCCCGCUUCCUAGCAGGAGGAAGCAGGGGGGACAAGGAAGGUGAGCUAGACUACAGCAGUGUUCUUCUUGGGAUGUUAGUGAUGCAAGAUGUUCAGCUUGGCCUCUUCAUUGCUGUCAUGCCAACUCUGAUCCAGGCACAAAGUGGAGAUUUGGACAACUUCCUGUUUGGAAGUGUCCGCGUACUGUUUCUCCUGGCUCAGGUCCUGGUGUCUCUGGCUGUUGUGCUGCUGUUGUGUUUGUUAUUCAAAUUGCUCCUGAUCGGCCCCUAUUACAAGAAACUCUAUGCUGAGAGCAAAGGCAACAAGGAGAUCCUGGUGCUGGGGACGGCAGCUUAUGUCUUUUUCAUGUUGAUGCUAACCGAGUUUCUGGAUGUUUCUAUGGAGCUGGGCUGUUUCUUGGCUGGAGCAUUGCUCUCCACACAGGGUCACCUGGUUACCACAGAGGUCAAGGGAUGCAUCGAGCCAAUCAGAGAUUUCCUCGCUAUCAUCUUCUUCGCCUCUAUCGGUUUCCAUGUGUUCCCAACAUUUGUGCUCUAUGAACUCACCAUUCUGCUGGUGCUGACACUCACACUCGUCAUUAUGAAGUUUCUAAUGGCCGUGCUGGUGCUGUCGGCGAUCUUGCCUCCAGGCUCUCAGCACAUACGUUGUAUUGUCGCAGCUGGCCUCGCGCAGGUCAGCGAAUUCUCUUUUGUUUUGGGCAGCCGUGCACGCCGAGCUGGCAUCAUCUCCAGAGAGGUGUACCUGCUGGUUCUCAGUGUCACCACGCUCAGUUUGCUGCUGGCUCCGUUGCUGUGGAGAGUUACCACACAGAGAUGGGCUCCCCGGGUCGAGCACAAAACAGUCACAUGACCAGACUGACUUCUGGGUUAGGAGGCUUCCAUGUAUAGUAGCUUCUACAAAUUUAGUAGCAACAUAAUGAGAAGUAGAAGUUAAGUCUGUUUUGGCUGUUCAGAAAGUGUUAGCACACACACAACAGUAUAAUGUGGUCUGCUGGACUUCUGUUUAACAGCACGAAAAUCACCAUCAGCUACAUUUUGACUUUCAUGAUUGUUAUAAAGACCCUCUGCUACUGUUUGUGUCUGUGUAUGGACCUGGACCAGUGUGACAUAUAGGUACUGUAGAUACCCUAUACUGUAUGGGGACUUAUUUGUUAAUGCAUAAUGAAACAGUUUUAAAUUACACUAUCGCUGAACCCCUUCACUCUUUGAUCAACACUCUUAAAGUCACAACAGUAUCCUUCCAUCCAUCCAUCCAUUUUCCUCCGCUUAUCCGGGACCGGGUCGCGGGGGCAGCAGUCUAAGCAAAG